AUGGCUUCGUUUGAUGAUCCGCUCGAACUGCGCGGGCAGGCCGGAGCAACCAUCGGCAAAUUCCCUGCUGAAGCGGUCACUGAAUCCGUGAAUGCUGAUGGCGUUGGUGCGCAAUGGGUAAGUUGGCAGACGACAUCUGUUGAUGCGGCGCCUGGCGAUACCGUUAUUCUUUAUCUGCACGGUGGUGGUUAUGUUUUUGGUGGGCUGGACAGUCAUCGCGGACUGGCUUGGCGACUUGCCAGACAGUGCGCAAGCAAAGUGCUCGUAGCAGAUUACCGCCUGGCGCCUGAGCAUGUUUAUCCGGCUGCUGUGGAAGAUGCAGUAACCGCCUACCAGUGGCUCUUGGCUCAGGGUAUUCCCGCGCAGAACAUUGUGGUUGCCGGUGACUCGGCCGGUGGCGGCCUGUCUGUUGCGCUGCUUGUGAAGCUCAAAGAACUGGGUUUGCCUCAACCGAAAGCGUGUGUCUUGUUUUCCCCCUGGACGGAUUUAACCCUAUCUGGUGGGAGCAUUGAGGAAAAUGCAGAGAAAGAUGCGAUGCUGUCCCCGGCUGCAUUAGAACGGUUUCGCGAUUUGUAUCUUGGAGGUCCUGGCGGUAUUGAUCCCCGCACGCCAUUUGCAUCCCCCUUGUUUGCCGAUCUUUCUGCGCUACCCGAUACUUAUGUGCUGGUCGGUAGUGAGGAAGUGCUGCUGGACGAUUCGAAACGUCUUGUUGAAAAGCUCAACGAAGCGGGUGGCCGGGCGACGCUGUCGGUAUGGCCAAAGAUGCCGCAUGUUUUUCCCCUGCUGGCACCGUUCCUACCGGAGGGAGACAAGGCGAUAGCGGAAGUGGCAACGUUUUUACGCACGCAACACUGA